CGCCCACUCAGCUGAACAACGAGAAAGGGAUCGCACCGGCUGGCCCGAAAGCAGCAGAGCGCCAUUUUACUUCUGACGGCGUCAAGUACUUACUGGACUUCGGAAUGUCUGUAUCUGAAUAGCCCAUCUAGCUUGCUAAAAAGAGACAGCUUUUCCUCUCGUGGCCCGUGGGAGGACAGCUAGAAGUCGUACACAGAUGCACAUGGGACGCACUGUCGCCUCUGAUCAGCAGAAACCAGGUUAACGCCUUCGCAGUCCCAUUUAUUGCUAGCAGGAAGCACUCGAGCAUUGCCGCCACCCAACUUGCCCUCUGCUAUCGAGAUGUCGUCGACUCGAGAGACUAUGCACAUACCCGGGAACAUCCUAGGUGUGUUGUGUAGAACGAGUGGCCCUGUGGGCGCAUUUCAUUGGAUCAUCUUCCUCUGCACGGAUAACACGAACGGUGUCAUGUUUCACGUAAUCAACCCAGACGAGCAGGAUCCCGAUCGAUGGGAAUUCAGCACUGGCUCUUGGGAUGCGCUCAAAUCAAAGAGUUGCUUGACCAUUGCCCUCGUCGGGCGCGUGGUGACCUUCGAUCCUCGCGACCCCUCCAGGGCCACUGACACAAUGCGCCAAUGCCUACAGUCUGUACCACUCGCAGUGCCACCCGAAGACAGGGGACGAGAGCCGAGGUUCACAUGCAGGGUGUGGUUCGCCGCAGCCCUGCGCCGGCUUAUGUCCCAUCGCGCGUUUCAACUCAUCAAGACUCCGGAGGAAAUCAUGGAGAGUAUGAGGAAUAGAACGACGGCAGUACAGUUCAUGGAAACAAGGAACAUUUCUCUCCCUCUGUUUAUACAACCCCAGCCUCGUUCCGCAUACCGUUAAGCUCAGUGUAUCGUAUUUGAUGUUGUACGUACCGCCUGCCACCGUCGCGGCGACCUGAGUAUACUUUUCUUCAACUGACGCUUAUCCUCGGUGUCCUCUGUAUGUAUUGCUUUGCUCCCACUACCCGCGAACCCCUGGAGUUAGCGUCGCAGUUGUGCCAGGGUACUAUC